AAUUAACUUUAUUUUAUGUCCCCACUUAUCCAACCCAGUAAACGUGGAACACACCUGACACCUGAUCCGCGAGCGAGGGUUUGUGAAGAUGACGACGAUUCGCAGGUUUUGCUGCAACGAUCUUCUUCGCUUUGCCGCCGUCAAUCUCGACCAUCUCACCGAAACAUUCAACAUGUCCUUCUACAUGACCUAUCUUGCAAGAUGGCCUGACUAUUUCCACGUUGCCGAAGGCCCUGGAAAUCGAAUCAUGGGUUACAUUAUGGGUAAAGUUGAGGGGCAAGGAGAAUCUUGGCAUGGCCAUGUAACUGCGGUGACCGUUGCUCCAGAGUAUCGAAGGCAGCAGUUAGCCAAAAAACUUAUGAAUCUGCUGGAAGACAUCAGUGACAAUAUUGAUAAGGCUUUUUUUGUUGAUCUCUUUGUGAGAGCGUCAAAUGCACCAGCCAUCAAGAUGUAUGAAAAGCUUGGCUAUGUGAUUUAUCGACGAGUGCUACGCUACUAUUCUGGGGAAGAAGAUGGUUUGGAUAUGAGGAAGGCAUUGUCUCGUGAUGUUGAAAAGAAGUCCAUCAUCCCUCUUAAACGGCCGGUCACUCCUGAUGAAUUAGAGUAUGACUAAGUCUGCGUUUCAUGCAACAGAGUUGCAUGAGCUUAUUGUGUCUCAAAGUAAACCAUGUUGUGCUUGAUAGGCUGUCAAGUUGAAAGGAGUUGAACAUAUUAUGUUGGAACUUCGAAGGUUUAGUAAAUGAAAAAUGAUCCUAGAAGAUAAUCUUGCUAGUAAAAUGAAAAAUCUUGUCUUGUAUCCAAUAUGUUAUAAUUAAAUAUCACUUGCGCGUGUUAUUUCAUUAGAUUAAAAUUAUCAAAUCAAUCAUACUAACUUUGUGUUA